AUGGCAUUAUGCUGGCGUUUCAAGGUUGGUGGCGGUGUUGAGCUACUGUCUGCCAGACCUCGGUCUGGCUCCUCCAAGAAGACAUCUGUUCGUACCUUAACUGUGUUAGAGAAGCAGCAAGAGAGUACACCUAAAAUAACUGCUAGAGAAUUGAAAGAAAAGAACCCACAUCUUUCAGAGGCAUCUGCAAGAACUGUUAACAGACGUGUUUGCUUGAUAUUAGCGGUAGGAGAGCUCCAGGUAGCAUCAUCCCAGAGUAGUGAUGAUGAGCCUACCUUUACUCCACCAUCUGACACCUUGGGGUCUCCAGUGUUGGUUGUCACAGAUGGUCACACACGAAGCGAAUUUCGACAGAGUACAAGUUUCACAGAUAAUAUACUGGCUGAGGACCCCACUAUAGAGAGUUGGGGAGUGUUUGGCAAUAAUGUAACUACCGAUGGGGUAGAUUUUUUAAGAGAAGCCGAAGAUGCAAGUGGCUUGAGGCUGGGAGGAGGUGCGCGAGAGGGACACUUUUCUGGUGCUUCACGUGUUGUCUUACCUAUUACAUUAAAUCUUAGGGGAUACACAUCCCUCAGUUUUCGAACGUGUCGGCAUGGCACACUGUUGUCUCAGGAGGGCUCAGGAGGUGACACCUUAGUACUUAGUGUAACUGAAGAAGGUGCUCUGGCACUCUCACUCACUCGCCAUGGACAGUCGUACAUCACAACACUGGGGAGACGACUCAAUAAUAAUGUUUGGCAUAGAGUUUACCUCAGGUUUGAACUUGGUGUUCUGCGAAUGGGAGUGGACCAGUCAACUGUGAUGGUAGCCAACACAACCAGCUCCAGUGCUCCUCUCAUUGACUUGGGUCUCUGGUCAUCCACACCACAGCUGACAAUUGGACAAAACUUCACAGGGUGUAUCCUUCAGGGAGCUGGCACUGAACUAAUAAAUCCUCUAGCCUUACACAUGGGUGUAGAAUGGAAUGUUUGUCCUCUUCCAGAUGGUACCGACUGUAGCGGCUAUGAUGAAGAUCACUGUUUUUCACAACCAUGUGGUCGUCAUGGUCAGUGUAUAUCAACUCAAGAUGGAUAUGUUUGUAACUGCUACACACGAUACUCAGGAGAACAUUGUGAAGAAGACUCUGGACCCCUUUGUCGUCGGCAUGAAUUCCAGUGCCAUAAUAAUGGGCUGUGCCAGGAAGACCGGCAGGGGAAUGCGACAACCUGUGCCUGUCAGUCUGGUUUUACAGGAGCAUCAUGUCAAGUACCCAUUGAUGAGAGUUUCUGUGAUAAUGACAGUCAUCCAUGUCAGAACAAUGCCACAUGUACAGUAACCUCAUUUGCAGACACUUACGAGUGCCUCUGUUUACCUGGGUUUCGUGGAGAUCACUGUGAGGUAAACAUUGACAAUUGUGCUUCACAGCCUUGUUGGCAUGGCGGUAUCUGCAUCGAUGGCAUCAAUGAUUUCACAUGCAAUUGUGAAGACACUGGAUAUGAAGGUGCAAUUUGCGAAAUAAACAUUGAUGAAUGUUUAAUCCGGGAUCCCUGCCUCAAUGGAGCAACUUGUUAUGAUCUAUAUGGGGAUUAUGAAUGUGCUUGUGUGCCCGGUUAUGCUGGAAAGCAUUGCGAAGUGGAGAUUCAUGAGUGUUCAUCAGACCCAUGCCAGAAUGGAGGGACCUGUGCAGAUUUGCAAAAUGCAUAUAAGUGCACAUGCAUGCUUGGCUUUGAGGGAGACAACUGUGAGCACAACUUCAAUGACUGCUAUAAUGUGACCUGCCCAGAAAACUCGUACUGCAUGGAUGGUGUUAAUGAGUACGUUUGUCGAUGCAGUCCAGGAUUCUCAGGUUCUCCACCAAAUUGUCUUGAAAUUGAUGAAUGUGACUCCUCUCCAUGCCUCAAUGGAGCUUCAUGUUAUGACCAAGACAAUUCCUUUACCUGCAUUUGUACACCAGGGUUUACAGGAAGCAACUGUGAGACAAACAUUGAUGACUGCAUGCCUGAUCCAUGCCAGAAUGGAGGAACAUGCGAGGAUGGAAUAAAUACAUAUGCAUGUCGAUGCCCACCAGGCUUUGAAGGCAACCAUUGUGAAGAUAACCGCAACGAAUGUGCACAAAAUAUUUGUGUCCAUGCUCAAAAUUGCCAUGAUUUGAUUGGCAGCUAUGAAUGUGAAUGUGAAGCUGGAUGGUCUGGAAAGAACUGUGAUGAAGAAAUUGAUGAAUGUGCCUCUUCCCCGUGCCUUAAUGGUGCUUCAUGCAAAGACAGAGUUAAUGGCUUCGACUGCACUUGUCCUCCAGGAUUUACAGGAGAGACAUGUCAAACAGACACCAAUGAAUGUGAAUCAAAUCCGUGCCUUAAUGGAGGAACUUGUAUUGAUGGUGUUAACAACUACACUUGUGAAUGUGGAGAGGCAUACAUGGGGAUAAAUUGUGAAGAAGAGUACAAUGCUUGUGCUUCAAACCCCUGUCAAAAUUCUGCCUCAUGUAUCACUGUUCGAGGUUCACAGGACUUUUACUGUGAAUGUAUCCCAGGUUUUGAAGGGUUGUACUGCAGUAACAACAUCAAUGACUGUUUUGAUGAGACUUGUUCAGAUGGUAAAGUGUGCUACGACAUGAUAAACAGCUACGAGUGCCGAUGUCCUGAGGGUUUCACAGGAGACAACUGCUCCAUCAACAUAGAUGAGUGCGAGAGUAGUCCAUGUUUUAACGGAGGUGAAUGUCAUGAUGGAAUGGCUAACUAUAGCUGUAUCUGCCCUCAAGGUUAUACAGGACACAAUUGUGAAGAGGAUGUAAAUGAAUGUGAGUUGAUGCGUCCUUGUGUCAAUGGCAUCUGUGAGAACACCAAUGGAGGAUACCAGUGCUACUGUCGUCCUGGUUUUUCUGGCGAUCACUGCAACUUAGAGUUCGACGAGUGUCUUUCCCGACCUUGCCGCAACAGUGGUACCUGCAUCAACAGAAUUAAUGGUUAUGAAUGUGUGUGUCAGCCUGGUUUUACAGGCACUGAUUGUGAUAUUGACAUAGAUGAAUGUGCAAGUGCACCAUGCCAAAAUAAUGCCACCUGCCAUGAUGGUAUUGCUACCUUCACUUGUGAGUGUCUGCCUGGCUUUGCUGACAAGCUUUGCUCCACCAAUAUUGAUGAGUGUGAGUCAGACCCAUGUAUGAAUGAGGGUGUGUGCACUGAUGGCAUCAACCACUACACAUGUAACUGUAGUGACACCGGCUUCAAGGGACCGCAGUGUGAGAUCAAUAUAGAUGAUUGUGUCUCGUCUCCUUGCCAGCAUGGGUCGACUUGUUCUGACCUAGUCAAAGAUUACAAAUGCCUCUGCUAUGAUGGUUAUGAAGGGAAGGACUGUGAAGAGGACAUACAAGAAUGUGCAAGUUAUCCCUGUCUCAAUGGUGCCUCUUGCUUAGAACGCAGCAACAUAACACUUUAUGAUUUAGAGAUUUUCUCUAACUUUACGUAUGAAACAGCUGGAGGAUUUAUCUGCGAGUGCAUUCCUGGCUUUACAGGUGAUGUGUGCGAGAUUAAUAUCAAUGAAUGCGAGAGUGAUCCAUGCAUUAAUGGUGUCUGCAAUGAUGGAACCAACAGUUACUCUUGCAAGUGUUGGCCAGGAUAUGAAGGUGUCGAUUGUGAAAUACAAAUUAAUGAGUGUGACUUGUAUGCCCCAUGCAUCCAUGGCUCAUGUGUUGAUAAGGUGGCAGAUUAUGACUGUGAAUGCAGCAAAGGUUAUGGUGGUAAGAACUGUUCAGUAGAACUUCUUGGCUGUAAUGGCAUAGAGUGCCUCAGUGGAGGCACCUGUGAGGCGCUGCUCAUGAAUGAAACAAUACACGACUUUGUAUGCCACUGUCAACAUGGAUUUACUGGGCGGAACUGUCAAGAAUCGACUACCCUCUCAUUAUCUGGGAAUUCAUAUGUGCUCAUCAAUUCUCAACGCCAAGAAGGAUAUGAGCUUGCUUUCCGAUUUCGCACCACCUUGGCUAAUGGUAUUCUUGCUGUAGGACAAGGGGAAACUUAUAUUAAGCUGGAGCUGGUGCAAGGUCAACUAAAUUUCCACUCCUCUUUACUUAACAAAUGGGAGGGCAUUUUUACAGGAUCCGACCUCAACGAUGGGCAGUGGCAGGAUGUGAGGAUGCUGGUGAAUGACAGUCAUGUGUCAUUAUCAGCAAACAACGAAUCUACAGUAUAUCCCAUUAACCCUGUACAGACUAUUAAUAGUUCAGACACAUCUUUUUCAACAACAGUCUUAGGUGGUGCAACUCCAACACUCAAGAUUUUAUCCAAAGGAGCUCCAUUUUUUACUGGCUGCAUGGAGGACGUGGUGGUGGAUGGUACAAUAUUAAUCCCAAACACUGUUCCAGAACUUAUGAAAGUUUCAAUUGUGGAAGGCUGUCCACGCACAGAACAGUGCAGUCCUAACCCUUGUCUGAAUGAUGGUGAAUGUGUUGACCUGUGGACCAACUACCAGUGCAAUUGCAAGAGGCCAUAUCUUGGAAACACCUGCCAACUGAGAGGAGCGACAUGGGAAGCAUCACUUUGCUUCACUCCAGCCACAUUUGGGAAUGAAGACACUGCUGACAGCCUGGUGACUGUGGUGAUCCCUGAAGUAGACCAUGCCACAUAUAGACAUCAUGCUGAUGUGUCCAUGUUGGUGCGCACCAGAGAAGCAAAUGGCCUUAUUUUCUAUCUUGGAACGCUUGAUAACAGUCAUAUACCAGGAUUUCAGGAGACACACAUAAUUACAGAACUUAAAGAUGGCAACUUAGUUCUUCGACUUUUACUGGAUGGACCUGAGGAAACAUUCACAGUUAAGGGCUUGUCAUUAACUGAUGGUGAUCCACAUCUUCUUCAUGUGAAGAGGAUUGGUAACGAGCUAGAAGUAAAUGUGGACAACAAGUUAGUGCUCAAUACAACCUUGACAUAUAGUGGUGACCUUAGGGCUCAGGUUCUAUACCUUGGUGGUAUUCCCGAGACCACUUCAGAAAUAACUGACACUACUUCACGAAGGACCAAGCGGCAGCUUGGUGUCACCAAUUUUACUACAACUGUAACUCGGCCACACUUUAAAGGAACGUUGCAAGAUAUUAGGCUGAGCAAUGGGACGGAAACUAGACUAGUACAGCCUUUCCCUCUGCAAAAUGUGACUGCUGCAAUCUUACCUGGUGAAAAUAUUCAGGGAGUAAAUGUCUUCCAUGUUUUGGAAGGAACAGUCAGCGAUGACACGUGUACUCCUGAUCCAUGUAAAAAUAGUGCCACCUGCAGAGUAACAUGGAAUGACUUUGUAUGCUCCUGUACCAUUGGAUUCAAAGGAAAAACCUGCGAGGAUCGAGAAUACUGUGCUAUAUAUGACUGCCCAGAAGGAUCACAAUGUAUUAACCUGGAUGAUGGUUAUGAAUGUCUUGCAAAUUUGACACUAAAUGGUGUAAACUCUUCUAUCAGCUAUUCUCCAAGGUUUAUAAAUCCCCCGGACAAAAUUACAGAUGUUUCCCUGGAGUAUCGAAGUCAAGUUGGUGGUGUGAUAUUUUGGGCAGCUGGAGUUGAUGCUAGUGUUUGGAUUGGGUUAAGCCAAAGUUCAGUUGUAGUACAUCAGGCUAAUGGCUCUGAAUCUAUGAGUGCUUCCUUUAUUUCUAACUCUACUUUGGAUGGCAACUGGCACAAAGUGUUCAUUUCUUUUGAUCAUACAGGCCUUCAGGUUUUCUUGGAUGGCACAACUUUGCUGGGGACAGAUAUUGCUGUAAUAAUUAAUUUUACAUCUCUUAUGCUAAAUGGAGAAAUAAUGAUUGGUGCAUCCCCUGGUACAUUACCAACACAUAGCCUUCUGGACCCAUCACUCAUUGCUUCAACAACCACUCCAGUCACAGCUCUUCAACCCAAGGAGAAUUUCGUGCCUAAAGUUUUCCGAGGGUGCUUAGGAGCUAUUAGGAUCCAAGAUGUACUAGUUCCUUUUUAUUCACAACUGGAUCUUAUCAACAACACUGCAGCUAAUCAAUUCCUGAGAGUAAGAGAAUCAUUAACAAGUAUUGGUUGCACUGUCUGCUAUAAUGAAGAGUGUAUGCAUGGGGGUAUUUGUUCUGAUCCAGCAGAAGUUUUCAGUUGUUCAUGUCCAGUGGGAUUUGAAGGCAAAUUAUGUGAAAUAAACAUUGAUGAAUGUGUUGAUAAUACGUGCCUUAAUGGAGCAACAUGUGUUGAUGGCAUCAACCAGUAUACCUGUGCAUGUAUGCCAGGCUACACAGGACACUCCUGCGAGCAAGAUAUCGAUGAAUGUUAUAGCAGCCCAUGCAAGAAUGGUGGAGUUUGUAUAAAUGAAGUUGCACAGUUUGUAUGCCAGUGUCCAGAGGACUUCAUUGGUCAAACCUGUGAAGAAUUGAAAGUCAAGAAUUGUUCUAAUCGGAUGUGUCUCCAUGGUGCUUCUUGUACAGAUAUAUUUAAUUCUUUGACUGGUGUUGCAGACAAUUACACUUGCACUUGUCCAUUUGGAUACUCAGGAAGCAACUGUGAAAAUAUUACUGACUUUUGUACACUGAAAACUAUAACUUGUCAAUAUGGUUCUUGUGACUUGACAUUCAAAGAUGAGGGUUGGGAGUGUAAUUGUAUCCCUGGAUGGGAAGGUUUGUACUGCAACGUAGAUAUUGAUGAGUGUCUAUCAAACCCUUGCAAAAAUGGAGCCACUUGUAAUGAAGGAUAUAAUAACUUUACUUGCACCUGUCCUCCUUACUGGAAUGGUCCUACAUGUGAACAAGAUGUAGAUGAGUGUAAAACUAAUCCGUGUACGAAUAAUGGAUCAUGUCAUAAUCUUCUUGGGUCAUUUGAAUGCAAAUGUGAUGAAAGCUACUGUGGACAGCAUUGCUCACUGGAUAACCCCUGUUUACAAGUUAACUGUAGCAAUGGAGGAGUCUGUGUUCACCUCUGUGAUGAGGAUAUAGAACAUCACAACAAAACUCAUGCCUUUUGCCGCUGCUCUGAUAACUGGAUUGGAGAGUACUGCACCACAGAAAGGAAAGUCUUUACUGUGGAUGUGGACCUGGCCAUCAUUGUAGGUUGUGUAGUUGGACUCAUGCUAAUAAUUGCCGUUGUUGGCCUCACCGUUUUCCUGAUGAUGGCUAAAAAGAAACGACAGACAAGGGGAACGUAUUCUCCAAGUAGACAGGAGUUUUAUAGUCCCCGGGUGGAGAUGGGCAAUAUGAUGAAACCACCACCAGAAGAGAGACUAAUUUAAGACAUCAGAGAAGACUGGUGUUGAGAAACAUUUCACGAGUUAUUCAUUAGAUAUAAAAUCUAUGAGUACUGCGGCAUCUCCUUUAUCAUGAAGUUCUCCUCAAAAUGAGUUCAAGAACCUGAAGCCAAGUUUUGUGAGAAUGUUCAUGGCAGGUAUAUUAUGCCAUACUCAAAACAAGUGCACCAAACUCAUGGCAGAUAAAGAGUAUGCUCUUCAUCAAUGCCAUAUACUCUCUCAACACUGCAAGUUUGGGCCUCAUGUACGCUGCCAGUUGAGAUUUUUAUAGUUUUGUAGCAUUUAUUGACUAUAAAAUCUUGCUGAAUCAUUUUUAACAUGACAAUACUCCCAGAAAAAUAUGCAGUUACGGUUUAUUUUUACUGUAGAGAAGUAUAUCAUGAACAUACACAGAAAAUAUGUGAUGUGUAACAUGUGGCAUAUCUCCCUUGUCUGGUGAUGUAUGAGAAGUUCUUCAAAGGUGGUUGAGUUUAUGGUUCUAGUAGUAAGCAUUAAGAUCAGAAAAAGUGAAAUGAGAAGUCUUCCAUGUCGAUUUUCAGUAUUCUACAAAUGGCAAGAUGAAUGGCAUGUACUAUUUCAGUAACAUUCCUUUGAAUGUUUGACACAUGUGAAAAUCUUCCAGACGAAGUAAAAAUGAGUGGAAACCUUAAUGAAGAAUAGUGUCAGAUAUCAAAAAGUUAACCAGUCCAUCCAUCAAAUAUUAGUUUUAUUCUUCAAAUUCACAUUGAAUUUGAAUUAUUUAACAUGUUAAUAUAGUAUUUUUAAAUUAAUAAUAAUUCCAAUUAUGUACUAACAAUAGUGUACACCUUUCUAAUUUCUUAAAAUGCCUAAAUUACUUAAAAAUAGAUUUUUGCAUUCAUUAAAUUAAUAUAAAUGGUUGCCAAGUGUUUUUUGAUGUAUAGGAAUAAUGUACAUAAUCUCUGGAUUAAACUAAGCUGUUUAAUCAUGUAUGAUAAAUGGAUAAUAAUAAGGAUGUUGCUAUAAUUUUAAGAUUUUUAUGUUAAUUCUGAAUUUCUUGAACCAAGAAAUUCAUGUUUCAUAUCAGCACAUGAGUGUAUCUUACAGCAGUCCUCACCGUCUUAUUUAAAGAUAUAAAAUCAGUUUGAAGCACAUACAGAACAUGAAUACUAAGGUGCUUAAGUUCUCUUGAUAGCUGGCUAUCACUGAAUACAAAUAUGGUUUAGAUGGUACUCACUGGCUUCAGCAUAUGCAUGGUUUACCUCAAGUAAUUCUGUAAUAUAUUGCAGCUUUUUGUUUUAGGUGCAUUUGUUUUCGUAGUAAAUUCUGAGGGGUAAAUGGGCACUGUGUGGAUGUAAUAUUUUAUCUUUUGAUGUACAGUACUAUUUAUAAAAUUAAAAAGCCUUUUAUGACUAUGCAAUUUACUUACAGUGCUGUAAGUUUUUUUUUUAAUUCAAAUAAGAGCUCUACACUACAGUUAUAAAACUGCAAUAUUAACACCCCUCCUUCAGAGUGUAGACACUGUACAUCCCAUCUCCAGGACUCAAGUCCGACCUGCCGGUUUCCCUGAAUCCCUUCAUAAAUGUUACUUUGCUCACAAUCCAACAGCACGUCAAGUAUUAAAAACCAUUUGUCUCCAUUCACUCCUAUCAAAUGCACUCAUGUAUGUUUGCUGGAAGUCCAAGCUCCUUGCACACAAAACCUCAUUUACCCCCUCCCUCCAACCCUUCCUAGGCCGACACCUACCCCACCUUCCCUCCACUACAGAUUUAUACACUCUAGAAGUCAUUCUGUUUUGUUCCAUUCUCUCUGCAUGUCCAGAUCACCUCAACAACCCCUCCUCAGCCCUCUGGAUAAUAGUUUUGGUAAUCCCACACCUUUUCCUAAUUUCCAAACUAUGAAUUCUCUGCAUUAUAUUCACACCACACAUUGCCCUCAGACAUGACAUCCCCACUGCCUCCAGCCUCCUCCUCAUUGCAACAUUCAUCACCCAUGCUUCAUACCCAUACAAGAGUGUUGGUACAACACUAUACGUACUCUCAUACAUUCCCCUCUUUGCUUUCAUGGACAAAGUUCUUGGUCUCCACAGACUCCUAAGUGCACCACUCACCCUUUUCUCCUCAUCAAUUCUAUGAUUCACCUCAUCCUUCAUAGACCCAUCUGCCAAUACGUUCACUCCUAAAUAUCUGAAUACAUUCACCUCCUCCAUACUCUUUCCCUCCAGUCUGAUAUCCAAUCUUUGGUCAUCUAAUCUUUUUGUUAUCCUCAUCACCUUACUCUUUCCUGUAUUCACUUUUAAUUUUCUUUUACAUACCCUGCCAAAUUCGUCCACCAACCUUUGCAACUUCUCCUCAGAAUCUCCCAAAAGCACAGUGUAAUCAGCAAAGAGCAACUGUGACAACUCCCACUUUGUGUUUGAUUCUUUAUCUUUUAACUCCACACCUCUUGUCAAGACCCUCGCAUUUGUUUCUCUUACAACCAAAUCUAUAAAUAUAUUGAACCACGGUGACAUCACACAUCCUUGUCUAAGGCCUACUUUUACUGGGAAAUAAUUUCCCUCUUUCCUACAUACUCUAACUUGAGCCUCACUAUCCUCAUAAAAACUCUUCACUGCUUUCAGUAACCUACCUCCUAUACCAUACACCUGCAACAUCUGCCACAUUGCCCACUCUAUCCACCCUGUCAUAUGCCUUUUCCAAAUCCAUAAAUGCCACAAAACCUCUUUACCCUUAUCUAAAUACUGUUCGCCUAUGUAUUUCACUGUAAAAACUUGUUCGACACAGCCCCUACCUUUCCUAAAGCCUCCUUGUUCAUCUGCUAUCCUACUCUCUGUCUUACUCAUAAUUCUUUCAAUAAUAACUCUACCAUACACUUUACCAGGUAUACUCAACAGACUUAUUUCCCUAUAAUUUUUGCACUCUCUUUUAUCCCCUUUGCCUUUAUACUAAGAUAAUGAUCAUACCCAAACCAAGUUUCAAUAAGGUUGAACAUUUGUGUCUGCAUACUUUCCAAAUGACUUUUAAUAUAUUAAAUGAUCUUGGGAUUAGUGAUUAGUUACGUCACUAGCCUUCAGAUUUAAUGUACAUGUUUUACUUAGUGUGUAUGUGUGAUUAACUAUUUGAGGAGUACUGUACUGUUAGUUACCUAUAUGAAUAUUUGUGUGUAAGUGCCUACUGUGUGAGUGCUUUGUUUCUAAAAAACAUCCUUUCUGUUGUACCACCGUGUCAGUGAACCAAGCUUCUGUAAUAAUGCUAAUGCUUAACGAUCGAGUUUGUAAUUUUAUAAACAAUGCAGCACAUAUUUCUAUUUCAAAUAAAUCAUGUUCUGUUCUGUAUAACCUGAUGAAAAUUUUCUUAAAAUGUACCAACAGAAGAAUGUGUUGCUUUUGUACAUGUUUAUGAAUAUAUAUUAUAUAUAUAUAUAUAUAUAUAUUUUUAAUUACAAAAUCUGUAAAUGUUUAGUAUGUUACAUAGCUGCAGCAGUAUGGGUCCAAGUGCUCUGUAGACUAGGUUGGUUUUUAUAAAUCAAGGUUUAUCAUCUGAAAAAUAUUCCACAAAAUACUUGUAGAAUUUUUUAUUAGUAUAGUGGUUUUUCUCAUGGAAUAACACUUAUGAUGGACAAAUAACUAAACUGCCACAUGAGGAUGCUUUGUAUAGACAGUACAACGUUACUGUUAGGACGAAUUUUAACUUUACCUAGAAAACGAAUCUCAUUGUUAACAUCUCUGUAUAAAUAUAUGAACAGAAUACACAGACACACAUACGUGCGUGUGCGUACACACACACACACACCACACCACACACACACACACACACACACAC